UCCCAGCGGGAGGGACACGGGAGGCCACCGGGAGCCUGAGCUCUGCCUGAACCAGGUGGCACCUCCUGGGCAUCUUCUUUGUGUUCCUGGGGACCCCGGGAGUGGGAUCUUUUGGCGGGGGGGUGUGUGUGAAACUAACGCGCCCCGUUUCUCUCUCCCCGCAGCAUGUCGGGCCGGCAGAUCACGCCUCUGAAGGCCGCGCUUCUCCUGGCCCUCCUGGCCACCUUACCGGUGUCGCCGGCCGAGCCGGCACGGAGUGGGUUCUGGGAGUACCUCAGCCAGCUGACGAGUGACAAGGAGAGCCCGGAGCAGGGCCCGAGCAGCAAGCUGGGCAGGGACAUCGUAAACCUGAAGGAGAACAUCCAGGACGGGGUCAGCUACGUGGGGAACUUCCUGGAGAAGCUGGGGCCCCUCAACAGAGGCCUCCAGCCCCGGCUCUACCAGGACUCGGACAGCCUGCGGAAACUCAUCCGGAAGGAGCUGGAGAGCCUGCGGGUGAAGCUGUCCCCCUACGUGGAUGACGUCCACCAGAAGGUGGGGAAGCACCUGGAAGACCUUCGCUACCGGCUGCAGCCCUUCACGGAGGAGCUCCUGGACCAGGUGUCCCUCAAAGCCCGGGAGCUCCGGCGGCACCUCAUGCCCAGCCGGGAGGCCACGGCCCAGCUCCUGGAGGGCGCGGAUGAGGUGCAGAGGUUCAUGGCUCAUUACGCCGACAAGAUUGCCCUCCACACCGACCAAGUGAAGGACAUCUUCCAGCCCUACGCGGACAGGCUGGUGACCGAGAUCCACCGCAAUGUGGAGGAGCUGCACCGCAACGUUGUCCCGCACACCCGGGCCAGCCCGGAGAAGCUCAACCAGUACAUCCAGGAGCUCUCCACCAAGCUGACCCAGAACGCCAGGGACCUCCACCAGAAGAUCCAGAGGAACCUGGAGCAGCUCAAGGCCAAGCUGAGCCUCUACCCCGGCAGCCUCCAGCAGCAGCCGGCCUCCACGGAGGAGCUGGCCCGGGAGGUGCAGCGGCGGGUGGAGGAGUUCCGUAGGGACACAUACAUCCAGAUCCAGGACUUCACCCGCGCCCUCGACCAGGAGACGGAGGAGAUGAGGCUGAAGCUCUCCUCCUCCUCCUCCCGGCCCUCCCACCCGGGGGACCCCCAGGAGGGCCCUCCCGCCCUGGAGGACCUGCACGCCCGCCUCGACGCCCUCUGGAGGGACCUGGCGCACAGCCUGAGCGAGCGGGGCGGGGAGGCGCGCUGAGGGGGCGGCGGGGGGCAGCGGGGACGGGGCCGGCUCGGGCUGAACCGCAAUAAAGGCGCCGCCAUGGCGGACCCGGCCGGGCCUCGCCGCCUCCUCACAUGAUCCCCGCCCGCCCCACGUGAUCCCGCGCCCGCCCCCCACGUGACCGCGCGGCGCGCAGGCGC